GCUCAUUCGACUUUUGAAAUCCGCCUUGAACGCUUCGAAAAUUCAUAGCGAGUCGGACGUGUGUGGAGCUGCUUGGCGUACGGUUUCUGUCUGUCUUGGUCUCAUCCCCCGUGUGUGUGGCUGUGCUUAGUGUGUGUAUAUUUGGAAGUAAGUUCCCCAAGAAAAAUCGUCAGCAUUGCGGUUUUUCUUUGCCUCCCUGCAAAUUUCGUGUGACCCCCGAAACGAAAGUGCGAUACGCCGUGCGGUAAAGCAGCGACAGCGAUCCAGCCAAUCCAAUUCAAUUCAAUCCGCACCCACGACAAACAAAGCACCAUGAGCUGGCAAGAUUAUGUGGACAACCAACUCCUGGCCUCGCAGUGCGUGACCAAGGCGUGCAUUGCCGGACACGACGGCAACAUUUGGGCGCAGUCCAAUGGCUUUGAGGUGACAAAAGAGGAGCUCUCCAAACUGAUCAGCGGCUUCGACCAGCAGGACGGGCUCACCAGCAACGGCGUGACACUCGCUGGCCAGCGGUACAUUUACCUCUCCGGCACAGACCGCGUCGUGCGCGCCAAGCUUGGCCGGAGUGGAGUGCACUGCAUGAAGACAACACAAGCCGUGAUCGUUUCCAUCUACGAGGACCCCGUUCAGCCCCAGCAGGCCGCUUCCGUCGUAGAGAAACUUGGAGAUUAUCUGAUUACUUGCGGGUACUAGGAGAAUAAAUCAACACAAAACACCCCCAUCAACCACAACAACACACACACACCAACAACUACAACAAAAGCAACAAAUUUGAUAAAAAGGAAACCGUAAAUGAACUAAUAACACAUAAAAAGUAAUUAUUAAUAUUUAAAUUUAUGUAAAAAACCAACGGCCAAGAAAGAAUUUGCGGUUUUUUGUGUGUAGCAGAAGAAAAGAAACAAGUAAAAAAAUGCAUAUGCUUGAAAAAUGUCAAAAAACGCAAAUAAUUACCCAACUACAACAAAAUUAUAAAUUUCUGCAUUAUUAUAUUUAAAACUUUUUGGUUUAUACGAUAAAAAUAAAAGGAAAACACAAAACUCUAAAA